AUGGUUUGCGAAAAAUGUGAAAAGAAAUUAGGACGUGUCAUAACACCGGAUCCUUGGAAAAAUGGAGCCAGAAACACCGUAGAAUCAGGAGGGAGAAAAGUUGGAGAAAAUAAAGCUCUUACUGCGAAAAAAGGCCGUUUUAAUCCAUAUACAUCGAAGUUUCAAGAGUGCAGAAUAUGCCGUACAAAAGUACACCAAGUGGGCUCACACUACUGCCAAGCAUGUGCAUACAAGAAGGGCAUCUGUGCAAUGUGCGGCAAGAAGAUAUUGGACACUAAGAACUAUAGACAAAGUUCUACGUAG